UUAUGCGACAACCUGGUAUCAAAAAAGGCUAUCGAAAACCCUCAGAAAAUAUUUGGCAAAUUCUUACGUCUCUCGUUCAAAUUCAUAAUGAGACGGGAAACGUGUGGACUCACUUAUUGAGCGGCGGCCUGUUUCUUUUACUUGUCCCUUAUACAUAUCACUCUUUAAGUGAAUAUGACAAGAAGGAUGUUUUAUGUAUGUUAGUUUUUGUGCUUUCUGCUUCAUUUUGUUUUUUUGGUUCAGCAACUUAUCACUUAUUUAUAUGUACGAGGAAGUGGCAUUAUACUUUGAGGCAUAUCGAUCAUAGUGGAAUUAUCAGUAUGGUUUGUGCUUCUUAUUUACCAGCACUGAAUAGAGGAUUCAAGUGUUUUCCUUGGUAUCAACAACUUUAUAUGGGUAUGACUAUCGUUUGCUGGAUAGUUAUCAUUAUAAUUGUCCCAGUGCUGGACAAGCGAGAGAGACGUACUCAAAGAAAUAUCGUUUUGUUUACUUCUGCCACUUGGGGAAUCAUUCCGUUGAUUCAUUUCUGUUUACGUGGAAGAUAUGGUUGGCAAAUGUUUCUGGUUUCUACUUUAGUUAUGUGGUUGGUAUAUGGUUUGGGUUUCCUCUUUUACGUAACAAAAUGGCCAGAGAUUCGCCACACCGGUAAGUUCGAUAUAUGGGGCCAUUCUCAUCAAUUGUGGCAUUUGUGUACAAUAUUUGCGUCCUUGUUCUGGUGGUAUACACUGAUGAAGAUGCAUAAAGAGUUGCCUGAUUCGCUGCAUUGCUAAUAAAAAUAACAAUUCCUUAAUGCAAAUUGUGAGUGGUUUC